CGUAUUCCAAAAUUAAAUUUCUAUUUUAGUAAAUACAUAAUUCCCCUUUGGAGUUUUGAGAUAAGGCGAAAGACAGUGUGAAGUGCAUGAGUACAUCGGCAAUGGCUCUCCGCGUCAAUCCAUUCACUCUCUCUUCCGUUUCAUCUAAGAUAGAGUUAAGAGCAAGAAAUUCGUGGAGCCCAAGCCUCAAGGUUAACUCGCAGAUGAUAAUCCAAAUGCGAAAGGAGAGUAACGGACGGCGAAUCUGGAGGCGAAGGACAAUGAUAAAAAAGGAUGAAUCUCUGCCCUACAGAAUGGAGCGCAUUCCUUUUCUGGAGGAGCAAGUGAGGAAGAUAAAGGGCGAGGGAAAGCUCUUGCAAUUAGACAUAGAGAGGCUACUUUUAUCAGAAGAUAAUAGGUAUGAUUUUGUGAAUGAGAUAGCAGCUGAGGCCAAUGCUUAUGUUGAGAGCAACAUGGAUGAGUAUGGAGGUGAGAAGAAAGCCAUUCUUCAUGUUUUGAGUAAUCGAGUGAAUGAUCAAGGAUUUUACCGUCCAGAGGCAUAUGCCGAGUCUGAUCCCUUCAAACCUGGGCCUCAUUAUUUGAAAGAGGAAUUUACAUAAGUCUAGAUAAAAAUGUUAUGCUGAGAUGUUUCACUAAUUGAGGAUAUGAAUUAAUAAUUUGCUUCACUUAGCACCAUUGAUGUCUGUCUAAAUUAGCAGCUGUUGUUUGAAUGCAUGCAAUUCAAAGUCAUUGUCAAACAAGAAAUAAAAUAAAGGUAACUAGUGUUAGCAUUUGUUUUUCCAAUCAACUUUUGCUCUGAAAAGGAAAAAACUAUGUUAAGGUUUUC